AUGAAUGAAAGUGUUUCCUCAGCCACAACCAAUGGGACUUCCAAAGGGAAAGGUGGAACUCCGCCGCUCCCUGAACUCCCGCAUAUUACAAACAACAUUAUUCUGCUAUCUAACGUCUUACGAUUUCAUACACAAGAAGCAUACAAGCAACUCAGUCGCUUGAUCGAAAAUUUAGCUAAUACUAGAACCUCGGAGAGCGAUGUUUCUCGAAAAAGGAAGUUUUUGGAAUUGAUUAUUUCUCUAAGACAAGACUUCAUCAAGAUAUACACAUUAGUGAAAUGGGCUCAAAAUUCGAAGGAUGUAUCCAAAUUGAUCGACAUUUUAAACUGGCUCCGGACGCAGGAGUUCUAUUUUGAUAAUUUGGGUUAUGGGCUAAAUGAACUCAAUAACUUUUCAGGUGCCAAGUUACCUAAUUCUGAUAUUCUCACAAGUUUAGAGGUUUUGGUGAAGGGAAGACCACAAUUGCCUUCUUACAAUUUCAUCGAAAGGCCGAAAAUCUCUCCGGAAAGAAUUUUAGAGGUUUUGCGUGACUUGAACUUGACCUUGGUCGCCAGAAUGGCCCUUAUUGACGAUAUGUCUCCCCGUUUUCAAAAGAAUUAUGUUGUAAGAGAUGGUCGUGUUACUAUAACAAUUCCCAAUGAAUUUGAGGUCUCCAUUACCGUGGCUAAUGAUUUAAUUGUUGAGAAUGAAGAAGAUUAUUAUAAAUCUCCUUUCUUCUUCAUUGAUUUUGCAUUCCUUUUUGGCAUAAACCCCGAAUCUUCUUUAAUUACGCAUAGGGAUUCCAAUAUCAUAACUCGACUACCUAAAACCUCGAGAGAAAAGUUGGAAGCAGUGGUUAAUCAAGUCUUAUUGAAACAAUCAUUAAAGGGGCUCUAUUCACUCUUGCAUGAAUAUGCCGUUUCUUUCAAACUAUAUUUAAUUUCCAAACAAUUAAAAGACUUGUCAGUCAACAGCAAAUGGAGAAACAACAUUCAGUUCAAGUAUAACACUUCACUCAUCAUUAUCAAUUACUGGAGUAACCACUACUUGUCCAGAAAUUGGAAGUCGUUCAUUGAAAUUGGCAUUGACAAGCAGUACAACCUCAACUUUCGCUGGUUCAAAAAUGGAAAAUACAACUUUAAUCACGACAUUCAAGACAUCAGUGGAGCUGACUCUGAUACGGGUGAGCCGGCAGAUUUGAGUGUUGAUUUUAUCUUGAACCUUGUAAUCAACAAACAUUCUGAGAUGUUAAUUUCUAAAAUUUUCAAACAACUACAAGAAAUGACAACAGACUUCGUUUCUUAUAACAACCCCUAUCAACUAUCAAUCAAACUCACACCAAAGAGAACCACAAUUUUGGCUAUCAACCCUUUAACAGGAUUCUUUUAUUUUAUGGACCCAUCUUUGAUCGAAAGCCAAUGCCAGAAUAGAAUCAACAAUCAACCCUCGCAAGUAAAGAACAGGAGCUUUAUCAGCGAGCAGGAUAUGGUUGUGAAUGUUGUGAGCAAUUUGGUUCAAUUACGUCUUGAUACAUUUAAUCGCUCUCUCAGCACUAAACUCAUUACCACUGAAUGGAUUUCCAAUAACAUCAUAAAGCUAAAUGAUUAUGAGACAGCAAAGCUUUUCAAUUUCAUACUUGAUGAAAAAACCAUGACACAUAAUACCAUUCUGUUCUAUAGAUGCCGCACAUGGCCGUCAUCAUGGUUUUUGAUCAAUAUGAUCAGUGGUCUCACCUCGAACACAUACUGGUGGGUUGCACGACUUAAAUCCAUUAAAGGUGAAUGGAAAAUUCAAUGGGUCCAAAUGCUUAAGGCUAGAGAAGAACAGGAUUUCGAUUACAAGUUUUUCACAAAUUUGUCAAAGUCGUGCUCGAACAUGAUAGUGGACCAUAUGGUUACGGAGGAAUUACAAAAGAGGUCGAUUCAGUUCGUCAAAGUGACAAACCAUUCUGUAUUGACUCGUUUCAACAUUCCACAUACAUUGAGGAACACUGUAUCAGACCAUCAAACCGUGAUUGCGUUGCAUAACACUGGAAAUUUGUUACCUGUUUCUGUCACGUCCAACACGUUGUUCCUUGUGGUGCAAUUGGUUUCUGAAAACAAUUCUAGCAAAUUGAAUUUGACUAUUUGUGGUAAUUUUUCCAGUGGCAGCCAGGCAGAUGAGGAAACUUUUGCAAAACUAAACGUCAAGAUUAAUCCAGACACUCAGACGUUUGAGUUUCUGAACUCGAUGGAUCUUUCGUCUAAAUCAAUUGAAAAUGGUGAAAGUAAUACCGCACAUAAUCUCGUGAACCAAUUAUUAAGCACCGUUGAAAAAGUCAACACGUUGAUUCAAAUGUUGAAUCAACUCAAGAAGACUGACAUUAGGGUCACCAACAACUCCUUUAGUGAAAUAACAUUUGAUGUUGAUCCGUUGUAUAAGCACUUUCAUUUAAACCUUCCUGCAAAUGAUCUAGCUGCAUUGACGUUGGCCCCUAGUGAAGAUGAGGAUCAAUUAGUCAAGUUGAUCACAAAAUUCUUGAGUCAGCAAAUGAAUGAGUCUCAUACAGCUCUUGUGGGGACAAUUGAGUACUUGAAGCAGUAUGUUCCUAUUUUUAAGACAAUCGGAGUUUUGAAAGAAAUUCUAAAAGACAUCAGUAAAGAGAGGUUGCCGAACGAACUUCGCCGCCUACAGUUGGAACUGAAGUUUUCGAACUUGAACUGUGUGCAAUUUCUCUUUUACAUCAAUCUGCUAGGAGCACCCAACUCCAAAAAAGUACACAUGGAUAAAAUCGUGUUUUCUUUAAGUUUCAAGAGGAAUAAGUUCGACAAAGCUAAGCGAUUGCUUUUAAAAGUAUCGUUGAAAGAAAACUUGAAUUCCGAGAAUUUGAAGUAUAAAAAAUUGUUUGAGGAUAUUUUUAGAGCUGCAACGGAGUUGCAGCAAGAGAAGCCUAAGGGGACUGUUUUCGUCAAGCUUAAUUACGAUUUCUUAAUGGAUCCUGACAUGUUGGAGCCUCUAAUGAGGAAGGUCACCGACUGCUUCUUGAGGUUUUUGAAAACGUGA